CUUAUACUCUUUGGAAUUAGAAAACAAAACAAUAAAAAAGGAGCCUUUACUUGUUCCAACACUUCUAUCUGAGUUGUAAAUUUGUUUUAGAAAGAAAGAAUUAAGAAAGAUAGUACUAGUAGACUAGUAGUCGUGGUCUCGUGGAGAAGGAAAAGAAGUGGUAAUGGGGAAGAAGCAAUCGUACAUAGGUAUAGCAGUUCCUUCUGAAAUCAUAAAUUCUCUCUCUUCUUCCUCCCUUCAAUCUCUUGUUGAAUCUAAAAAACCAAAAAAACAAAGUCAAUGUAGUACCCUUAGCUUAAGCAUAAGGCUCAUGAAGAAUCCUAACCCAUUCUUGUGGUUCAUCAUUCUCUUCCUCGUCGCUUUUCUCGGAAUGACCCAGCUUUACUUUAAUCUCAGUCUGCAGCCCUUGACCCAGUUGUUCCCCGAUCACUGUAACCAGCUACUGCUUAACAACAACAACAACAUCAUAAACAACAACAACAUCAUCAACAACACAAAGCAGGUGAAUGGUUCUUUCUGGAAGCAGCCGGAUAGUAAUGGAUACAGAGCGUGUUUGGAAUUAAGCUCAGAAUAUAGAAAAACAAGCAGGGAGAUAGCGAGAGACAAAGAGAGGAGUAAGUAUGUAAUGGUGGUUGUUAGUGGUGGAAUGAACCAGCAGCGCAAUCAGAUUGUUGAUGCUGUUGUUAUUGCUAGAAUUCUUGGAGCUGCACUCGUUGUUCCAGUCCUUCAAGUCAACAUCAUUUGGGGAGAUGACAGCGAAUUCUCUGAUAUAUUCGACUUGGAGAACUUCAAACGGGUGCUUGCAGAUGAUGUAAAAAUAGUAUCAUCAUUGCCUUCAACGCUGUUGAGGACAAGACCAGCUGAAGAGAAUCAAACUCCUUUUGAAGCCACACCACAGUGGAUUCGCCAACACUACCUUGGACGGCUGAGAAAGCAUAAUGUUUUGCUGUUACGUGGUUUGGAUUCCAGGCUCUCUAAGGAUCUCCCAUCUGAUCUUCAGAAACUCCGGUGCAAGGUCGCGUUUCAAGCGCUCAAAUUUGCUCCCCACAUUCUACAAUUUGGGACCAAGAUUGCUGAGAGGAUGAGCAACAAAGGUCCUUAUGUAGCUCUUCAUCUGCGCAUGGAGAAGGAUGUGUGGAUAAGAACUGGCUGUUCACCCGGAUUGAGCCCAGAGUAUGAUGACAUGAUAAACAAAGAGAGGUUGCAACGCCCUAAGCUCCUUACUGCCAAGUCCAACAUGACUUCCCAUGACAGAAAGCUUGCUGGUCUUUGCCCCUUGAAUGCCCUCGAGGUCGCUAGAUUGCUCAAAGCUCUUGGUGCUCCAAAAAGUGCUAGAAUAUACUGGGCUGGAGGACAACCUCUUGGUGGCAAAGAUGCCUUGCUUCCUCUCAUCACCGAAUUCCCUUACUUGUACAAUAAAGAAGAUCUUGCGCUUCCUGGUGAAUUAAAGCCAUUCGCAAAUAGAGCUUCCUUCAUGGCCGCCAUCGACUAUAUAGUCUGCGAGAAGAGUGAUGUGUUCAUGGCAUCUCAUGGGGGAAACAUGGGACAUGCUAUCCAGGGACACAGGGCUUAUGCAGGGCACAAAAAGCAUAUAACUCCCAAUAAGAGACACAUGUUGCCCUACUUUCUGAAUUCUACUCUGCCUGAAAUUGAGUUCAACAAAAUUGUAAAGGAACUCCAUCGAGACUCUUUAGGGCAACCAGAAUUCAGGACAAGCAAACCAGGAAGAGAUGUUACCAAGUAUCCGGUGCCAGAGUGCAUGUGCAAUACUGUGGACAGAGAGUCAUCUGUUUGAAGACUCAAGCUUUUGCAUUAAUAUUUGAAGAGACUCGACAUAGUUAGUGGCUUCUUGAUGAACUCUUUCGGGAAAGGACGCUGAAGAAUUAUUUGAAGAGAGCUAUGACAAACAUUACAGCUGACUAGAAUAGCCAAAUAUUUAUAGUGAAGCUCUCUAUUCUCCGCAGCUCAAGAGUGGAUCCUUGGUGCACAAUAGUGCAAGGUUAUUCCAUCAUUCUUUUCAUUCUUUAUAGAUUUUGUUUGAAUAGUACACGAUGUAUCACUGUUAUAUUUUUUGUUACCACAUCCUAUACUUGUAAAUUUGUACAGAUAAAAACAAUAAACACAGUCUACCAACAUUUGAUUCUUUCCUUUCUAAUUAAAACUUGUGUAUCUAUUUUACUUCAA